AUGGCUGACGAGUACGAAGGUGCCGAUUUUGAGUCGGAGGAAGAACCUUUUGAGGAGGUUAUCGAGGAUGAAGUUGAAAAGAACGUUACCUACGUAACCUCAGGCGAACCCCCACGAGCUCAACCCGGAAUGAAUAUGCCACCUCCCGGCCCAGUUGAAAAAAGCAAGCGCAUCACAACGCCAUAUCUGACCAAGUACGAACGAGCUCGAGUCCUGGGUGCUCGAGCGCUUCAGCUCUCAAUGUCGGCGCCUGUCAUGGUCGAACUAAGUGGCGAACGUGAUCCUCUCAAGAUCGCUGAAAAAGAACUGCGUGCCAACAAAAUCCCAAUCAUUAUCCGACGCUAUCUACCCGAUGGCAGCUUUGAAGAUUGGAAUUUGGAUGAACUGAUCCUCGUAGACUAA